UGCGCCGUAUUCUGAUUCUCCGUGCUGGCGGCCAAGAGCUGAGGGCACCAGAUGGCAAUGAUGCUACUGCAUUACUGUUGUCGACAUUAUAUCUUUCUGGGAUUCCUCUUCUUGUUAUCAUUGCCUGCAUUUUCCCUACAACGCUCUGCAUUAGGAAUUCGAGAAUUCUCACCCCUCUCCUCCGCACAAAUCUUGGCUCUCGUAUCUUCUGUAGACCCGCUGAAAAAUGUGGACACCAGAAAUCCUGAUUCGCAUCUAUCCAAGAUACUUAUACCUCGAGUAGUUGGAACAGAGAAUAGCACUUCCGUGCGCGGACACAUAGUUUCAGCGCUGAAGUCUCUUAACUGGCACGUCGAAGAGGAUAGAUUUACUGACAAUACGCCGCUCGGACCAAUGACGUUCACCAAUAUUAUUGCUACGAAGAACCCUUCUGCUUCACGACGCGUCAUAUUAUCUGCACAUUAUGACAGUAAAUACUUUCCAAAAUACCCUGAAAACCAGUUUGUAGGGGCCACGGAUUCUGCUGCACCAUGUGCCAUGAUGCUUGACGUGGCAGAGGCCCUCAAUCCACUGCUCGAAAGUCGCCAAGUUAGAUUGGAAGAAGGGCUUGAAGACGAUGAAGAUAUUGCUGACACCACUCUACAGUUAGUCUUCUUUGAUGGAGAAGAAGCUUUCAUGACUUGGACCGAUACUGAUUCGGUCUAUGGUGCACGACAUCUCGCAGAAAAAUGGUCUUCGACUUAUAUCCCUCCCAAUACUAAGCGGCGCCUAAUGGGCCAUGCAACCUCUACAGAAAUAUCAACAAUUGAGCAUCUGAUUCUGCUCGACCUCCUGGGUGCCUCAAAACCUUCAAUUCGCUCCUACUUCCUUGACACUGCAUGGCUGUUCGACGCCAUGGUUUCCGCUGAACAAAGAUUGGCAGAAUCUGGAGCUUUCCAGAUGGUUGAAGAUGGUGCUAGCUCAUUGCCAAGUUUUUUCAUACCUCGAACUGGAAGCGAGUUUAACUAUGGCUAUAUUGGAGACGAUCAUAUUCCAUUUCUCCACAAAGGAGUCAACAUUUUGCAUGUAAUAGCUUAUCCAUUUCCUUCUGUAUGGCAUGCUCUCAAAGAUGAUGCGUCCGCCUUGGACAUUCCUACUAUGGGCCGCUGGAAUCUCAUCCUACGCGUCUUCUUGGCAGAAUACCUGAAUCUGCUUCCGGAAAACUCAGAAUCCCCACCAACGCACGAACGACUUCAACGUUCGAACGCCGAGCUUUGGAACUUUAGAUAGUCAAACGUGGUCGUGCAUCCCGGAAUAGAUGUCUCCGCAACGAGUUAAUAGAUACCUUGUGCCUGGCCC